CCAGGAGUUCUCAUUCAGAGGGCUUCUUGAGCGAGGAGGAAUGGGGUGCGCCGAGCAUUCCCACUCCAGAUGGCCGCCUCCUUGACGCUGCCGCUGCGCAGGGCGAGCUGCCCGCUGAAGAGGACGAGGACCUGGCUCGCCGAGAGCCCUGGCCGCGGGCCGAGCCCCGAGCAGGGCGACGGCCAAGCCCUCGUGCCUCUCGAGCUGGCGCCAGCGCAGGCCCAGCCAGGGGCGCUGGUUGCACCUGCUGCUGGCGGCGUCGGCGAGGCACCAUUGCAGGGCUCGCUGGCCAGUCUGGCGCGGGUGAUGGUGGAGAGGCGUUAUCCCGACGGUGGCGUCGUCACGCUGACGACGGCCACGUCCAUGGCGGAUCGCCUCGGCAUUUAGUUGUUUGACCUAAACGAUUGGACCAUCCCCCU